GUCGGACACUUGGUGACAGAUUUAGAUUCCGUCGCGGGGGCGAUCGGGGCGGCGAAUCUGUACGGAGGGAGCGCGGCGGUCGCGAGCGCCGUGAACACGGAGACGCGAUUCGCGCUGGAUACGUGGGGCGCGACGCUGCCCGAACCCGUGGAGACACUUUUAGCGGAACGACCGGAUAGGAACGUCUGCUUGGUUGAUUUUCAGCAGCAGUCGCAGUUGAACCCGGCGAUUCCGAUGGGGAACAUCGUGGGGAUUAUCGAUCAUCACGCGCUGCAGUCGAACACCAUCGUGACUGAGCGACCGAUUUUCGUCGACAUUCGACCGUGGGGGUGCAUGUCGUCCAUCAUCGCGCAUAAUCACGCGGUACAAGGGAAGUUUUUGCCCAAACACAUAGCCGGAAUGUUGCUUAGCGCGAUUUUGAGUGACACGCUAAACUUGAAGUCUCCAACGACGACGACGUGGGAUGAGCGCGUCGUGACGAUGCUGGUGCAGUACUUAGAGGUCCAGGAUGUGAACGAGCUCGCAGCCCGACAGUUUCGCGCGAAGAGUCAGUCGCUGAGUCUGAUGACACCGUAUGCACUCGUGAACGGUGAUAUGAAGCAGUUCAAGUUCACUGGUGAUCAGGAGACGUACGAGGUGGCGUAUUCGGUCAUCGAGACGACGGAUGCGGACGCAUCGCUCUCGCGAGCGGCGGAUAUACUUCCGGAAAUGCGCGCCGUAAAGUUGGUGACGCCAUCCACGAAAGCCAUGCUUCUAGCUAUCGUCGACAUUGUCAACCUCACGUCCACACUGCUGAUCUGCGGACGCGUCGAGGCCUCGCUCGCCGUGGCGGCGUACAGUGGAGUGCUCGAGAACGAUGGAACGAUGCUGAAACUUCCGGGCCUGGUGAGCCGCAAGAAAGACUUCGUUCCACCUUUAACGAAGGCG